AUGAUGAUGAAGAUAGUAUUCCUUCUGGUAUCGUGGCUGUUGAUUUUUACAAAUAGCCGGCAUCAAUUCUGUUCAGAAGCAACGACAUCUAAUCUGGAAUACCCAUAUCCGUUUAUGACAGUAGAUGCUGCAAGGGCAGCUGCAAGGACUUAUGAUUACAUUGUGGUUGGAGGAGGUACAGCUGGAUGUCCCCUUGCAGCAACUCUCUCACAGUACUACUCUGUUUUGGUAUUGGAGAGGGGAGACUCUCCUUACGGAAUUCGUGAUGUGGAGGAUUUCAGAGGGGCUCCCACAACUAAUCCCACUGUAGCGCAGCCGUUUGUCUCAGAAGAUGGAAUGAAGUUGGUAAGGGCGAGAGUUUUAGGAGGCGGAUCAGCCAUCAACAGUGGAGUCUACAGCAGGGCGAGCACUGAAUAUAUUCGGAAAAUGAAGUGGGAUGAGAAACUUGUAAAUGAUUCGUAUGAAUGGGUAGAAAAGUUGAACGCAUUCGACCAACAACACAAUCUUUUUACUUUUAGUUCUUCUUUCAAGAAUGGGCUUCUUGAAGCAGGAGUUCUUCCUUACAAUGGGCAUACUUUUGAUCAUUUGGUUGGCACCAAGAUCAGUGGUUCAAUUUUUGACUAUAAUGGAAAGAGACAUACAGCCGCAGAUCUUCUCCAGUAUGCAAAUCCAGAAAAUAUUGUAGUUCUUCUAAAUGCUACUGCCAGCAGAAUACUCUUCAACUUGGAAUCAGGAAAGCCUAAGGCUAGUGGAGUGGAGUUCAGGAGCAAUAAUGAUGGUCUCAUUUAUCAGAUAUCACUUAACCAAUUGUCAACCAAGAGUGAGGUGAUUUUAUCAGCAGGAACCAUAGGUAGCACUCAACUUCUCCUCUUAAGUGGAAUUGGUCCAAAAAAGCAACUUAAAGAAAUGAAUAUUACUGUUCUUUUAGAUGCACCUUCAGUAGGGAAAGGAGUUCAGGAUAAUCCUUCUGCAAGCUUUCUUAUAGAUUCCUCUAUACCACUUGAAGAUUCUUUUGCACAAGUAGUGGGCAUUCUAAACAAUUCACAGCAUUACAUCGAAGGUGGUAGCUUUAUCCAACAGAAUAAUGCCACAAAUACACAAUAUGUAGGUCUUCUUAUGAUUAAACUAGCAUUUCCAUUAUCAAGAGGUGAUCUUUGGCUUAAAAGCAGAGACCCUCAAGAUAAUCCCUUUGUUCGUUACAACUACUAUUCACACUCUCUUGAUCUUAAAAAAUGUGUGUUUGGUAUGAAAGUAAUGAUUAAUCUAAGUAUGUCAUCUUCUAUUCAAGAGUAUGCAUUUAUUGAUAGUGGAAAUGCCAAAACACUUCGAUUCCUUGGGAUUGCAUUACCAAAGAAUCAAUCAAAUGAUGAUGCAUUGGCCAAGCUUUGCAAAGAUUCACUAACAUCAUUUAACCAUUAUCAUGGAGGUUGUCAAGCUGGUUUAGUGGUUGAUAAAAAAUAUCUAGUGAAAGGUGUUGAUAGUCUCAGGGUUGUGGAUGGCUCAACUUAUAAGAAUACCCCCGGUACCAAUCCACAAGCCACAACCAUGAUGCUUGGAAGGUACAUGGGAAUUUUGAUCCUUCAAGAAUAUAUAAACACUGCAAAAUAUUAG